GUUCCUGGUCCUCGCCACACGAGAGGGGAGGAGCGCCCGUUCCGCCAUGGCCAUCGUCAUCCCAUGACCACCAUGUCUGCCAUUGGGCAGCCCUGCCACUCUCCUACUUACUAUCUUCUUGUGACAUCCUGGUGGCCGGACGGAAGUGGCAUAUAGCAACGUGUAACCUGUGCGACAGCGCUCCGGGACCCCAGCGCCCUGCCUGAAAUAAUCCCAUCGCUCGCUGCGUAGGAUCGCGAUGGGACAUCAUUUGUUUAGUAGCGUCUCCUAUAGCAUCGACAAACGACUUCCUGGAGCACGCGGCUCUGUGGCUGAAUCAGAACCCGCAUUCUGGAGCCUUACGCUCCGCCAUCGGUAGCAUCUUCCUCUGCCAGCGUUCUCAUUACUCAAUAACACCCACCCCUCGACUUUUCACAAAUCCCUCGUUUCUUGAAUCUCUCUGCCGCUCUUUCCACAACCCCGAGACGUCAUAACCCCCUGCCGUCCCUCUUUCCUGGGUUUGGACUUUCUUUCUUCGACUCGCCCACAUCUCCGGCCCCUUCCAGCUAUCGCGAAUUCGAGGGUCUCGCAUCCACCCUCAGCCGCCGCCAUGGAAUCUCGGACAGUGACAACAGAGGCCUCCGGCAAACGGCCCCGGUCAGAAUCCGGGGAGUUCCCACCGAUUGCCUCCAAAGUUCCCAAGACCCAUUCGAAUCACCUGCAAAUCAAUUACCUCGCCCGCCAAUACCCCGAUAAUCUCCCCCUGGUCUCGACGUCGGAUACAAUGUCUGAGAUAAUCCGUUUGAUCGGCGAUUACGAAGGUGUACUUCACCGCCAUGAGAGUAUCGCGGGGAACCUGGGCGCGUGCCCUCUUGGCCCGAUUCUAAUAAAGCGCUUUGAGCGUCUGUUUGACGGGCCGCCAAAAGUUCUCAAGUCGCAUGGCAAGGAUUCUCCCAACGUCACCUGGCUCGACGUCGUAGAGUUUGCUCGGAGCAAGCCCGAGCAGUUCAACUUGGAAAAAUCCCGGAAUGGUGUUCCGGUCUGCCAAUUUUACACAAAGCAAUGUCGCGUGGAAAUCAGUGAAGAAGACUUUGUGUUGAUUCACUCGGGGAUGCCUCAGAAGAUGAUCCCCCCUCAACCGAUUAUUGAGGACGAGGAGAAAGAGUUGGGCGCGCUUGAAAUUCUGGAGAAGAACCUCCAGCAAAUCAUCCAAAUGGCAGAUCAAGUUUCUGCCCGCGCGCGACAGUUAAAUCAUCGGCUGAAGAACCGGAAAACCGCCAUUGUUACCCGUCGAGAAAAUGAUGCAACGCUUCAUGCCUCGCGACCAUCACUCGCUCAUUCGCAGCCCCAACCGCACGUACAGCAGCGUUCUAUGAGUCCUGUCUGGCGCGAUGGUAAUGGUACAAAUCACACUCCACUCAACAGUAAUGGCACUUUAGGUGGCAACUCUCCCUCCACAGGGUUUGUCGCUGUCAAUACUGCUCGCUCCGGAGCUGAAGGUCAUCCGGACGAGAAUCCGCUAUCCGCUCCGUUCCUAUUCUCUCAAUCGGGCACAGAAAAUGUAACAAUAAUCAAUGGGCAAUCUAUUAAGGGCGCUUCUCCGACCACACGUGCGGAGCUCAUGAAGAAGUUCUUCACCACUCAAGAUCGCCAUACCCGCGGCUACGAAGAAGCUUCAGGCUCAAGCAACCGCCAGUCCUCCCGCCCUCGACCUAGGGUAUCCGAGGGUGGUGGUGACUACAAUUUGUACGCGCCCACGCCCACAACCGUCGCCAUACCGAAUACCCCAACCUCGUUGCUUCCACCUCCCAAGUCGCACCACCACGAAAAAGAUGACGGCGGGCCUUUCAAGAUUGAGAUGGUCGCCCGCAUGGAGGAAUUACAGCGAGGUGAUCGCAUUCUGCCGCCUUGUGAUCGUUGCCGCCGUCUGCACAUGGAUUGCCUCAAGAACCUCACCGCGUGCAUGGGUUGUACCAAGAAGCACGCCAAGUGUUCUUGGCGGGACGUGAAGGAAGAAGAGUUGCGAGAAACUCAGCGCGUCGAGCGGGAGAUUGCGGAAGAUAUACACUCGAAGGAUACCUCCGCCACGCCGACCACUCUGCCAGGAGACCAGGCACCUCCGCCUGCGGCUACACCAGCUUCAGCGCCAGUCUCCACGGUUGUAGUGCCUGAACUAGAGAGGGCGCAUGAACGUUCGCAUGAUAGGCCUCUUGAAAGACCUCACGAGCGGUCUUACGAAAGACCUUAUGAGCGGCAGCACGAUAGACCACUUGAGAGACCUUAUGAGAGACCUCAAGAGAGACCACAGGAAAGGCCUCAAGAGAGACAGCAUGAGAGGCCCUAUGAAAGACCGCAUGAGCGGCCGCACGACAGACCCCAUGACGGUCCGAUAGAGGUCGGUAUGCGCAGAGAGUCCGCACCAAUCGCCGCUCCCAUACCUCGGCCGCCACUCCUCAGAGACAUCUCGCCGCGCCGAGCAAUGAGUGAGAACCAAGGUAGUCACGGAUAUAACUUCGACCGGCAUGAUCGACGAAUAAGCAUCCACCGGAAAGAGGACUCCGCGGCGGAUGAUGACGCCCCUGACGCAGGCCAGCGGCUGAUGCAGGCUAUCCUCGAUACGGUAGAUCACCACCGCGUCUCAACGGCCGCCAAAGGAGGUGUACACGAAGUCAGCAAUGAACGCGAGCGCGACAGGGAGAGAGAAAGAGAGCGGGAACGGGAGCAGGAGCAAGACCGGAAACUGGUGAAAGCAUGAUACUUUUACUCAAUCUGUUUAAUGACUUGGUUUGGAAGAUCUGAUUCUGUAUUGAGCAUCUUGUUUGAGCGGUUUAGCGGAUAUCCCGGGCAGUUGGUGUUCUUUGUGUAUAUUUAGUCGGCGCAUUAAUUAUACUAACCAAGCAUCUGGUAUUUAUUGGAGUCUAGUUGUACCUUGAUUCCUGUAUGCUGUAUGUAGGCGCUGUGCAUAAUAUUCAGUGAAUAGGGUGACCUCACUCUCGUUACAAGUCCAUCCUAGUCUUAUUUGACUUUCGACCCCUCAAAAAAAGUGCAGGCUUCUUUCUAAUCGCGGGCCUUAGAGCUUCCUGCUGCAUGUGAU